AAAAAUUGAAUCGAAGAGCGGCGUAUAACAUUACUGAAAAGAGCUAUGAGUCUAUGACACAUCGGGCAGAGAGCACGCACAGAGUUUAAAGGAUUCUUCGAAAUUCACACCCAACACCUCACUCUCACAACACAAACUUCUCAUACCCAAAAAAAUAAAUCUCUCUUUAUUUACUCUGUCUGUGUUCUUGCAAAGCCCUAACGGUCAACCAAUCUAUGAUGUAGGGAAAAAGAAAUGGUUUUUUUUAGCUUUCUGGCUACAUAUGAAAUGAAGUUAUGAUUAGGGUAAAUUUUAAGUAGGUUUCAUUUUGGGUUUUGGAGGGUUGAUUUCUAUAUAUAUUUUUUCUGUUUGGUGUUGAAUAAUUGAAAUGGAAGGAGGGUCUGGCAAUAAUUCUGUACCUCCUUCUCCUACGUUUGAUAAAUCCAGAGUUUUGGAUGUUAAACCUUUGCGUAGUUUGGUACCUGUGUUUCCAUCAAGCCCCCAUACUCCACCAUUUGUUUGUGCACCUCCUUCUGGUCCGUUUCCAUCUGAGUUUUCCCCAUUUUACCCUUUUAGUGGACCCCAACCUGCCCCUCCUGACCUCAAUCAACAGACCCACACUCCAGCACCCCUUCGCUCUUUUCGGCCGCCACAAUCAAAUGGGCAGAUAUCGAGAGAUGUUAAUACAGAUGAUGGGCCGCCAAAGCGUUCUGUGGGGCGGCCAAGGGCCUCCUCCUCCUCCUCUCAAAAGAGGGCCAAGAAAGACCUGGACUUUACAUUGUCUGUUGUUGAUACUAAUUUUGUUGUGGGCGUUACUUCCGCUCAAAAAGAGGAUGGUGAUAGGGAAGUGGUUAAUAAUGUUCUAAUGAGGUUUGAUGCCCUUAGAAGAAGGCUUAGCCAGUUAGAGGAUUCUAAGGAAUCUCCGUCUGGGCUAAUUAGGCGUGCAGACUUGAAAGCGGGGAAUAUUUUGAUGAGCAAAGGGGUCAGGACGAAUAUGAGGAAGAGAGUUGGAGUGGUUCCUGGGGUCGAGGUUGGAGAUAUUUUCUUUUUUCGAAUGGAGAUGUGUUUGGUCGGGUUGCAUUCCCAGUCCAUGGCCGGAAUUGAUUACAUGGUUAUAAGAGGUGAUAUUGAAGAAGAUCCACUGGCAGUAAGUAUUGUUUCAUCUGGUGGGUAUGAUGAUGAGGCAGAGGAUAAGGAUGUGUUAAUUUAUAGUGGGCAGGGUGGUAAUGUCAAUAGCAACAAAAAGGAUAAGCAAGCAGCGGAUCAGAAGCUUGAGAGGGGUAACCUUGCAUUGGAGAGGAGCUUGCACCGUGCCAAUGAAGUGAGAGUCAUUCGGGGAAUGAGGGAUGUAAUUAGUCCAACAGCAAAAGUCUAUGUGUAUGAUGGGCUUUAUAGGAUCCAGGAGUCGUGGGUUGACAAGGGGAAGUCUGGUUGCAAUAUAUUCAAGUAUAAGUUGGUUAGAGUGCCUGGGCAGCCAGGUGCUUUUGCUGUUUGGAAAUCAAUUCAGCAGUGGAGAGAAGGGUUCUCUACAAGGGUUGGACUAAUUCUUCCGGACCUCACUUCAGGGAGUGAAAGUAUACCUGUUUCGCUUGUAAAUGAUGUGGAUGAAGAGAAGGGACCUGCUUACUUCACCUAUUUCUCUACUGUCAAGUAUAUUAAAUCAUUUAAAUUGACAGAGCCAUCUUAUGGAUGCAACUGCCGUAGUGCAUGCUCUCCAGGUGAUCUAAACUGCUCUUGCAUUAGGAAAAAUGGUGGCGACUUCCCAUAUACUGCCAAUGGGGUCCUAGUUAACAGGAGGCCAUUGAUCCAUGAAUGUGGUCCCACAUGUCCAUGCAUUCCCAACUGUAAGAACCGAGUGUCGCAAACUGGUUUAAAGAUUCGCUUGGAAGUGUUUAAAACAAAAGACAAAGGUUGGGGCCUGCGGUCAUGGGAUCCUAUUCGUUCUGGUACUUUUAUUUGUGAAUAUGCAGGUGAAGUUAUAGAAAAAGUUAAGUCAAGGCAGGAUGGAGAAGGUGAAGAUGAUGAUUACGUGUUUGAUACAACCCGUGUUUAUGAGCCAUUCAAAUGGAAUUGUGAACCAGGACUCAUAGAGGAGGACGGUAAUGACACUACUGAGGAAUACAACAUCCCUUCUCCUCUAAUCAUAAGUGCCAAGAAUGUUGGAAAUGUAGCUCGAUUUAUGAAUCAUAGUUGUAGUCCAAAUGUUUUCUGGCAGCCAGUGGCAUAUGAACACAACAGUGAGUCCUAUGUUCACAUUGCCUUUUUUGCAUUAAGACACAUUCCCCCUAUGACAGAAUUGACCUAUGACUAUGGGACUUCACGCUCGGAUGAGGCUGAUGGUAGUGGUACACCGCAUGGAAAAAAGAAAUGCUUAUGUGGAUCACCAAGAUGCCGGGGUUAUUUUGGUUGAAGGUUGUCUAUGAACUAGCAUGGUGGCUGCAAGCAGGGUCACAGCUGACAAGCAAUUCCCAGCUGGUGCAGAUGCUAUGUCAGUUUCUAGCGUUUACUUGCUAAUGAAGUGUUUAUUACUCCGUUAAAUUGGCACAACUUUUGGUUUUUUUCUUCUCACUGUGCUCAGCCAAGCUAGCGUAGAUUGUCGUCCAACGGCAGCUUCAACUUGCAACCUCGAACAGAGGUCCUCUGCCUUUUAAUUUUGUGCAGGACCACAAUUUAGUGUACUAGGGCUUGUAGUUUACGGCAAUACAAUGACAGAUAAUAGAUUAGCGUUACUGCUUGUACUUGUGCUUGUAACUGAAAGUAUCUUGUACUGUAUUCAUAUUGUAGCUAAGGCAGUGUCUUUGGACAUGCCAUGGAAUGUUUAAUCUUCUGUAUGAUCCGAUCUGUAACCAGCCAAUCAGUGCCUUCUUUUCUUCUCCCCUAUGAUUAUUUUUUUCAAUCCCUUCGGAGAUGACAUCUUGUCAAAUUCGAGUGUGCUUUUUCCCGAACAUUAUUAUAAAAAUUUUGGAGUUUUUUACAAA